UGCUCCAACUGCACGACAACCAAGACUCCCCUCUGGCGUCGUGACCCCGAGGGCAAGCCGUUGUGCAAUGCUUGUGGGCUCUUCUUGAAGCUGCACGGAACAUUGAGGCCUCCGUCGAUGAAGAACGAGGUCAUCAGGAGGCGCAACAGG